AAGUUUUGCAUUGACAAAUGGGUCUCACAUUGGACACUUGAGCAAAUUUUAUUUUCGACCCACAUAGAAAUUGUCAUCUUCCAGAAGUUGAUAUGUCCAGCUUUGAUGCUGCAAGGGAGGCAUUUGGUGGAACGUCUCAUGUGCUUCACAACCCACACUCUGAGAAUUAGGGUUUAGGGGUUGAAUUGCUGUGGUAACCAUCCUUUGUUGCCGUGUCUUCUUCACACGGCGGAAGCAUGGCUUCCUGUGGACUUGUACGAAUUGCGCUGCACAGAUCCAUUCCUUGUUGUGGCAUUUCCAGUCGAGGAGUCAAUGGAAUUCGGACUUCAGCCCCGAAGAAGAGUCACUGGGAUUAUAGAGCUAAAAAGAUUCACUUGAGCUGUAGGAGUGCUGCUGCUGUGGAAGAGCUCGAUGCCAAGCAGUCCGGGCAGGUGGCCGUGUUCGUGGACAUUCUCCUUGAAUGGAACCAGAAAAUGAAUCUCACUGCUGUGACGGAACGAGGAGCCAUGAUGGAUAGACAUAUUGCUGAUUCCCUGUCACUGUUGCCAAUAAUUGAGGGAGCGCAUGCUGCAUAUUGCAAAUCCUCCGCAGGGGAGUCGAUCAAGGUCGUUGACAUUGGGAGUGGGGCAGGCCUUCCUGGCAUUGUGUUAGCAAUAGCUCGACCAGCCUGGCAGUUAACACUUCUCGAGUCACUGCAAAAGAGGUGCGACUUUCUGGAACGUGCGGCUGAGGCAGCUGGUUUGACAAAUGUCAAAGUUCUGAGGAGCCGAGCAGAGGAUGCAGGCAAGGAUAGUACCCAUCGAGAAAUGUACGAUAUUGCUGUAGCCAGAGCUGUAGCAGAGAUGAGGAUUCUUGCGGAAUUGUGUCUUCCUCUCGUUCGAGUCGGUGGCAUUCUAGUUGCUGCAAAAGGCCCCAACCCCGAGGAGGAGGUUGAAGCUGCCAAAACAGCUGUGGACUUGCUUGGAGCAUCUAUUAUAACGUUGUCCAAAGUUGAUUCGGAAGGUCCUCUUGGACAACGGACUGCAGUCGUAUGUUUGAAAGAUAAACCAACACCAGCCAAAUAUCCUCGGAGAGCAGGAAUGCCGAACAAGCGGCCACUUUAGUCUAAGCUACGCAGUAGAGAAAGAUAUUCACGCUAUGCCAUUGUACGAUAUGAUCACACAUUCAUGAAUUAUCAAGCAUUUUCAUACCUAAUUA